AUUUUACCUUUUCCGGGAGUCUCCAGCGAGCCCUCAUCUGUGUCAGGAGCGCAGUGUAGGCAGGAGUUCCAAGCAGACUCAGUCACACCAAGUUUCUGUCUUUUGGAAGUGGGAGAGGUUUUCCUGGGUGUAUUUUUUUUUUUUUUUUGAGGCAGUUUUAAUUGCUUUGAAUAAAUACUCCCUUAAGUGGCUAAACAUAGGAAGAAGAGAAAGAACACGUCGGUUGUUAAAGCAAGGGAGGAAGAGAGACCUGCCCUAUAGGUUGACUCCGAGAAAUUACAAUAUAUAUAUAAGCCAGAGUAUUUUAAUAAAUCCCUAAAAUGUCGAGAUUUGUACAAGAUCUUAGUAAAGCAAUGUCUCAGGAUGGUGCUUCCCAGUUCCAAGAAGUCAUUAGACAAGAGCUAGAAUUAUCUGUGAAGAAGGAACUAGAAAAAAUACUUACCACAGCACCAUCACAUGAGUUUGAGCACACUAAAAAAGACCUUGAUGGAUUUCGGAAGCUAUUUCAUAGAUUUUUGCAAGAAAAGGGACCUUCUGUGGAUUGGGGAAAAAUCCAGAGACCUCCGGAAGAUUCAAUUCAACCUUAUGAAAAGAUAAAGGCCAGGGGCUUACCUGAUAAUAUAUCUUCUGUGCUGAACAAGCUGGUGGUGGUGAAACUCAAUGGCGGUUUGGGAACCAGCAUGGGCUGCAAAGGCCCGAAAAGUCUGAUUGGUGUGAGGAAUGAGAAUACCUUUCUGGAUCUGACCGUUCAGCAAAUUGAACACUUGAACAAAUCCUACAAUACAGAUGUUCCUCUUGUUCUAAUGAACUCUUUUAACACGGAUGAAGAUACAAAAAAAAUACUACAGAAGUACAAUCAUUGUCGUGUGAAAAUCUACACUUUUAAUCAAAGCAGGUACCCAAGGAUUAAUAAAGAAUCUUUACUGCCUGUAGCAAAGGAUGUAUCGUACUCAGGGGAAAAUACAGAAGCUUGGUACCCUCCAGGUCAUGGUGAUAUUUACGCCAGUUUCUACAACUCUGGUUUGCUCGAUACCUUUAUAGAAGAAGGCAAAGAGUAUAUUUUUGUGUCGAACAUAGAUAAUUUGGGUGCCACAGUGGAUCUUUAUAUUCUUAAUCAUCUAAUGAACCCACCCAAUGGAAAACCCUGCGAAUUUGUCAUGGAAGUCACAAACAAAACACGUGCAGAUGUAAAGGGUGGGACACUUACUCAGUAUGAAGGCAAACUGAGACUAGUGGAAAUAGCUCAAGUGCCAAAAGCACACGUUGAUGAGUUCAAGUCUGUAUCAAAAUUCAAAAUAUUUAACACAAACAAUCUAUGGAUCUCUCUUGCAGCAGUUAAAAGACUGCAGGAGCGGAAUGCUAUUGACAUGGAAAUCAUUGUGAAUCCAAAGACUUUGGAUGGAGGCCUGAACGUUAUUCAGUUAGAAACUGCCGUAGGGGCUGCCAUUAAAAGUUUCGAGAACUCUCUAGGUAUUAAUGUUCCUAGGAGCCGUUUUCUGCCUGUCAAAACUACGUCAGAUCUCUUGCUUGUGAUGUCAAACCUCUAUAGCCUUAAUGCAGGAUCUUUGACAAUGAGUGAAAAGAGGGAAUUUCCUACAGUGCCCUUGGUUAAAUUAGGCAGUUCUUUUACAAAGGUUCAGGAUUAUCUAAGGAGAUUUGAAAGUAUACCAGAUAUGCUUGAAUUGGAUCACCUCACAGUUUCAGGAGACGUGACAUUUGGCAAGCAUGUUUCAUUAAAGGGAACAGUUAUCAUCAUCGCAAACCAUGGUGACCGAAUUGACAUCCCACCUGGAGCAGUAUUAGAAAACAAGAUUGUAUCUGGGAACCUUCGUAUCUUGGACCACUGAAAUGAAAAAUACUGUGUACACUUUAUACCAAUUAUGGGCUAAACAGUUUCCUACAAUGAAAUAUACUCUAGGAUUCUAAAAUAGGCAGGUACUUUACUAUGUUACUGUACCCUGCAGUGUUAAUUUUUAAAAUAGAGUUUUCUGCAGUAUGCUUUUAGUCUAAGAAAAGCACAGAUGGAAGCAAUACUUUCUUCUUUGAAGAGGAUCCUACAAGUUAGUUCAUCUUAAAGUGCAAUAUUGUUUAAUCUUAAAACUGGGGCAAGCUCUGCUGGAAAAUCUUUUAACAGAGGCCUCAAUGAUGGUCACUUUGACUUGCUUGUGAUUUCAAAAAUAAAGCUGUUAAGCAAUACAUGUGUACACAUACUUUUCAAUGCUAACUUGAUAAAAUGGUGAAGAAAAAUGGUUUACUCUUGCUAAACAGUUACUAAAUCAGUUGGAAGAUUUGCUCUUGGAAUAUUUAAGUACUCACUGGCCAGUUACCUAACAAAUCCAGGUUUUGCAAUCUAAGAAUCUUAAUCUUAACCACAUCAUUAUUUCCACAGGAAUUAAAUUUGAAGGUAUUUAGUACCUUUCAUCUAGUUCUAAAGCUGGGAUGCCUGCCAUGCUUUCCACAGACUCUCCAUUUAUUGAAACAAAGUGGUGUUUCUUUUCCCAGCUGAAGGGGUGGGGUGGGUAGAGGUAGGGCAUUUCUUUCACAUCUUUGUUCUCUAGUAUAGUGGGGUGGGCGUAUAACUUUAUAAAAAGUUCCCUUUCCUUGAAGCUUCAUUUCUUGAAGCUUGCUUAUUGUCACUGAAAAAUGUUUAUGAAUAUCCUUUUAAAUCAAGUCUGCUGGUAGUUUAAUUUGUGGCUUUUUUCUAAGAAUCAAUUACAUUUUCCAAUUCUUCCAUACUUGUUUUUGAGUAGGCUGCUUGUUUAAUUUAAAGUUUACUGUAUACUAUUAAAAAAAGUUGUCUUUUAAAGUCUGGUAAUUUUUUACAGCUUUAUUUUAGACAGACAGUUUAAGAACCAAUGACAUACCUCUAUAAUGAUAAAGAAAACAGGCUUUCCUUUUAGGAAACUGAAGAGCACAAAAUAAGACUAUUUCAUUGUACAUCAUCACCACAAGGUUAGGCACUCUGACAGGGUUAGGCAAGAUUCCCGGUGUGAGGUGAGGCACAGGCACUUUCAUUUGUAGAGUGCUGCUGAUUCUAAUUUUGAAGGUAGGUGUUAUAAAAGUCAUUAAAUAACUUACUCAUCACCUUAUAUUUCUGGCCCCAACACAGCAGCCUACAUUUUAAAAGUUCUAUUUCUCCCUGGUCUUUGUUCACAUACACAUCGAAAGUAAGUUAGAAACAAGAAACUAAGGGGGCCAUACUUAUGUUAUCUAAAUGUUAAAAUGAGAACUCAUAAGUAGGCAGAAUAUAUGAAAAUGUAUUCUUACCUCUGCUAGAA